AUGACAAGCUUUAAUAAAUCUAAUGACGCAAGGGCAAGUAAAAGAUUAUCUCUUUCUGAUUCCAUAAGCAGGUCCUUAGGAUUGCAAGAUCAAGAAUCCAACAUAGCAGGUACCGAUAAUGAAUUAUCGAAUUCCAAAUCCAAUUACUUAAGCCGUUCUUAUAUGUACGGGCUUCUACCCUCUGCUACACCAGUAGAAGAGCUUGAAACAAAUACUCUGCCUUUAUCCAAUGAUUUAAGGAACAAAUCGAUACAUCAGUCAAGGAUACUGCAUAAACAGACAGCUGCGAUAUGUGAAGACUUCAACGAAUCUGACGAAGGAAGUAUGAAAGACUACUUAGAUUUCAUAGAAAACACUGAUCGAGAUAAUAUAAAUGAACAUAAAGAAAGUCUACCUGUAACAGUUGUACUGUCGACCCCGGCCGAUGAAGUUGAAGAACAAGAUGAGUCUUCAAGAUUACUAUUAACUCCUUCGUCUUCAAAUGCAGAAGUGUCUUCUAUAGCAGAAGGUCUGCGACACCAUUACUCAUCAAUAGAGUCCACAAAAGACAAUAAUAUGCCCAUUGAAGAGCAACAAGAUAAUACUAUCAAUGAAAAACUGAGUACGUUUUUCUAUAACACCUUACAAUAUUUUCCUGCAUCGGUACUUGGCUUACUUUUGAAUAUUCUUGACGCUUUAUCAUAUGGUAUGAUUAUAUUCCCAAUAAGUGAACCCAUUUUCUCACAUUUAGGACCGACAGGCAUGUCAAUGUUUUAUAUUUCAACCAUUAUAUGUCAGUUCAUCUACUCAAGUGGCUGGUCUAGCUUUCCAUCAUGUAUUGGUAGCGAAAUGAUAGAAAUUACACCUUUUUUCCACACGAUGGCAUUUGCUAUUAUGAGAUCGUUACCUGGCGAAGAAAACCAGGACGCAAUUAUAACCACUACAAUUUUUUGCUAUGUAAUAAGUUCAAUGUUCACUGGGCUCACAUUCCUGACUUUAGGGAAAUUACGAUUAGGAAAGAUAGUUGGCUUCUUUCCUCGUCAUAUACUUAUAGGUUGCAUUGGCGGUGUCGGUUAUUUUCUCUUAAUCACAGGUAUCGAGGUUACCACGAGAAUUGCCAAAUUCGAGUAUUCCCUUCCACUAAUAAAGGAACUCUUUACAGACACAAGCAUGCUAUGGAAAUGGCUAACUCCCACCCUGUUAACUGUAGUUUUGAUACUUACCCAGAAAUGUUUCAAAAGAUCACUAGUGUUGCCAUCAUUUUAUAUUGCCACAUUAAUACUUUUCCAUUUUAUAGUGGCUAUUAUUCCUAGAUUAUCGCUUACACAAUUACGUGAGGCAGGAUGGAUUUUCUCCAAUACAGCGCCCAAUUCUGCAUGGUAUGACCAUUAUAAAUUAUUUGAUUUUCAUAAAGUUCAUUGGCUCUUAGUAUUCAAACAAAUUCCUACAAUGCUAGCUUUAACGUUUUUUGGAAUCCUUCACGUUCCUAUCAAUGUUCCUGCUUUGGCGAUGUCAGUUCAAAUGGACAAAUAUGACGUUGAUAAAGAAUUGAUUGCCCAUGGUCUGUCUAAUCUUGUGAGUGGGAUGUUUGGUUCAAUACAAAACUAUCUAGUCUAUACCAAUAGUGUACUCUUCAUUAGGGCUGGCGCAGAUUCUCCAUUUGCUGGCUAUUUACUUAUAUUUCUGACCAUUGUUGUUAUGCUAAUAGGCCCUGUCAUCAUCUCCUUCAUCCCAAUUUGUAUUGUCGGUUCCUUAAUAUUUUUAUUAGGAUACGAAUUGCUUGUUGAAGCAUUGUUAGAUACCUGGGACAAAUUAACUACCUUUGAGUAUGUUACUGUUGUUGUAAUUGUACUGACCAUGGGAAUAGUUGAUUUCGUUCUAGGUAUCAUUGUCGGAAUUUUGAUUGCAUGUUUCAAAUUUUUAAUUGAUAGUUCAAAGUUACAAACGAUUAACGGUGAAUUUAGCGGCAAAGUAGCGAAGAGUACUGUAAAUAGAGAUUUGAUACAAUCUAAGUUUUUAAAUGGUAUUGGGGAUCAAAUUUAUGUUCUGAAAUUGCAAAAUUUACUAUUUUUUGGAACAAUUAUUUCCAUCGAAGAAAAAAUAGAUAAAUUGCUUGAAAUGAGUGACAGGAACUCCUCAAAGAGACAAAUUAAGUAUUUAAUACUGGAUUUUAGAAACAUCAAUGCCGAUAACAUUGAUUAUUCAGCUGCAGAAGGAUUUAAUAGAAUAAAGAGACUUACAGAAUCCAAAAACAUCCAAUUGAUCAUAUCCUCCAUUAAGGUAAGAGACCGCAUUUACAAUUCAUUCAAUAAAGUAGGUCUUUUAGUAGGUGUCGAAUUGUUCAAUGACCUCAACGGUGCAUUAGAAUGGUGUGAAAAUGAGUUCCUUUAUCAAUAUAAAAUGAUUCGUGAAAGAAUCAAGAUAAAAAAUGUAAAGACGGCCACACAUUCGAGUGAUGGCAACUUAUCGAAGCCCUCAGCCAUGACAUUAUCUAUUAAUACCCCACGUAACUAUCAGAUUUAUUCUGUUGCCCAGAACAUAUUCAAGAAUGAGGAACAAACAGUAGACCGUUUGAAGAAUCGUUUUCAAGACCAGACUCCCGUUCUCCCUCUGCUGUUGUUUGCAUUGAAGCAGUACAGACCAGACAUUGUUUCAGUAGAUAAAGUGAAGAAAGGAAAAGAGAUAGAAUUUUGGAGCCAAUUAGCCCCAUAUUUUUCUAAAAAGAGAAUUGCUUCUCAAUCUAUUCUGUAUCAUGGUAAUAAUAUAUUUUUUCUAGUGGAAAUAGGGGUCUUGAAGGUGACUUUUGACUUACCACAAGGAAAAGUAUAUGAGACAAUGUCAAAGAGAGCAUGCUAUGGUAAAAUAAUGGGAAAAAUCCCAGUGAGUGAAGCAGAUGCACCAAGUUCCCAAGCAAUGAUUAUUAAGACGGAGGCUGACACUGUUAUAUGGAUUAUUGAUUCAAGUGCCUUGAAGAAAAUGAAGGACGAGAAUAUUGAAUUAUAUUUAGAGUUGGUAUUACUUGUAAUGACGAUAAAAGACAUAAGAUUCAAGAGCCUCUUGGGUCAUGCCUUAGUAAGUACAUAA